CAUCAACAGCAGUGCAUAAGCGAGGUCUCACCUAAGGCGCCAGUGCUAUUUUGUCUCCACACAACACGCCACAAUGCUCCAGCUCCUGUUUGCUCUGGCCCUUAUGGGAGCCGUCCACGCCGACAAGAUGUUCAGCCCGCCCGCUCCUCCUGCUCCAGGAUACUCGUACGGCGCCCCCGACCUCAGGGCAGACGCCUCCACUCUCGACCAGCAGGAACAGGACCCCAUCGCCGCCCUGGCAGCCAACAUCCCCGGCGGAGGCGUCCCUGGCGAGGACUACCCCAUCCUGGCCUCCGUCCCCGACACCGGAUUCUCCUGCGAGGAACAGCAAUUCCCAGGCUACUACGCUGACACCGCCCCGGAGGCCGGCUGCCAAGUCUUCCACAUCUGCCAGUUCGACGGCCGCCAGGACGCCUUCCUGUGCCCCAACGGCACCCUCUUCAACCAGCAGUACUUCGUGUGCGACUGGUGGUUCAACGUGGACUGCGCCGCGUCCGCACAGUUCCGAAGUCUCAACGCCGACAUCGGCAAGAUCCCCGAAGACGCCGCUGCCUCCGUCCGCGACGACGUCGUGGCACCCGACCAGCUGUAUGGCACUCCCGAGACGCGCCAGGACACGACAGAGGCUCCCGUUACAGUUCCAGAACCUUCCAUCUUCUAUAGCAGUCCCCAGCUAGGAUAAUCAUGAUUUUCUUGUUUCAAAGAAGAUAAUGGUUUUAUAUGACUCCAUACACAAUUUAUUUUACUUCCAUAAACUACUUGCAAUAUGAUUAACUCUUACUGCAGUCAAUGUCUAAAUCAACUGUUGCCUUCCUAUGGCGAACACUCUCAACCCUCUAUUUCUUUUCUUUAGUCAUCUAAAUUUCUCGUAAGUACACUGAAUAUCUGUCACUAUUACAGAGAAACGUUCCACUGCCUUAGCUGGGAUAUAAGUCUGUGCUGAAUACAAAAUUUCUGACUGAUUGACAUUCCAGUAAGAAAUCUGAUAAAAUGGUUAACUUAUUUCUCUCUGUACUCGCCUUUGAGCUACGUGCUUUUAUUUAAUUUUCAUCAUAAUGCACUACAGUAUUUGUAAUAUUUCCCAAAUAAAUGCCAUAAAAAAUA